GAGCUGCUGCGGUGACCGGUGCCCUGCUUUAAUACCCACAACCCUCCUUUGCUCUGUUGCGGUAGCGGCGCUGGAGAGGCAGAUCUUUGAUUUCCUGGGCUACCAGUGGGUGCCCAUCCUGGCUAAUUUUUUACACAUCAUGGCCGUUAUUUUGGGUAUUUUUGGGACCAUCCAGUACAGAUCCAAAUACCUCAUGAUGUACGCAGUGUGGCUGGUGCUGUGGGUCGGCUGGAACGCCUUCAUCAUCUGCUUCUACCUGGAGGUCGGACGCUUGUCACAGGACCGAGACUUCAUCAUGACCUUCAAUACCUCACUGCAUCGCUCGUGGUGGAUGGAGAACGGGCCGGGCUGCCUGGUGACGCCGGUAAUGAACUCCAACCUGGCACCCGAGGACCAUCACGUCAUCACGGUCAGCGGCUGCCUGUUCGACUACCAGUACAUCGAGGUGGUGAGCAGUGCCACGCAGAUAUUCCUGGCGCUCUUCGGCUUUGUCUAUGCCUGCUACGUCAGCAAAGUGUUCCUGGAGGAAGAAGACAGCUUCGACUUCAUCGGCGGCUUUGACUCCUACGGCUACCAGGCGCCACAGAAGACGUCACACCUACAGCUACAGCCGCUCUACACGUGA